UAGGUGGCGCCGCUCCCCCUCUCCCCCGGGCCACUGCGCCUGCGCGAGUCCGCGGAGUCCUUGGAGCGGCGGCGGGUGCAGGCCGCGGUGUGAAUAUGCAGCGUUGGGGACGCGUAUCCUGCGCGCUUGCCCGGAGAAGCCAUUUUGAUCGAAUUCAUCAUGGUCUCCAGGGAAUUGGUGCAGUGUCACAAAGGUCCUAUGCUGACCAAGUUGAUGCUGAUGUCACAGUUAUUGGCUCUGGGCCUGGAGGGUAUGUUGCUGCUAUCAAAGCAGCUCAGCUUGGGUUUAAGACUGUCUGUGUAGAGAAAAAUGAAACAUUAGGUGGAACCUGCUUGAAUGUUGGGUGUAUUCCUUCCAAGGCCUUGCUGAACAACUCACAUCUGUAUCACUUGGCCCAUGGAAAAGAUUUUGCUAAUAGAGGAAUUGAACUUGCAGGAGUCCGUUUGAAUCUGGAGAAGAUGAUGGAACAGAAGAGUGGUGCAGUGAAGGCCUUAACAGGUGGAAUUGCUCAUUUAUUUAAACAAAACAAGGUUAUACAUGUAUCUGGGUUUGGAAAAAUAACUGGCAAAAACCAAGUCACUGCAACCAAAGAAGAUGGCAGCACACAGGUUGUCAAUACAAAGAAUAUUCUGAUAGCCACAGGCUCAGAAGUUGCCCCCUUCCCUGGAAUUACUAUUGAUGAAGAUAAUAUCGUGUCAUCCACUGGUGCGCUGUCACUGAAAAAAGUUCCAGAAAAGAUGGUUGUCAUUGGUGCAGGAGUCAUUGGUGUGGAACUGGGUUCAGUUUGGCAGCGCCUCGGUGCAGAUGUGACAGCUGUUGAGUUCAUGGGCCAUGUUGGUGGAAUGGGAAUUGACAUGGAGAUCUCUAAAAACUUCCAACGGAUUCUUCAGAAACAGGGUUUUAAAUUUAAACUGAACACCAAAGUUACUGGUGCUACCAAGAAACCAGAUGGAAAAAUCGAUGUGGCUCUUGAAGCUGCUGCUGGUGGCAAGGCAGAAGUAAUAACCUGUGAUGUGCUCCUAGUCUGCAUCGGGAGACGUCCUUUUACCAAAAAUCUAGGUCUUGAGGAUCUUGGAAUUGAACUUGAUAAGAGGGGGAGAAUCCCAGUCAAUAACAGAUUCCAAACCAAAAUUCCAAACAUCUAUGCUAUUGGUGAUGUAGUUGCUGGACCUAUGCUGGCCCACAAAGCUGAGGAUGAAGGCAUUCUUUGUGUAGAAGGGAUGGCUGGAGGAGCAGUUCACAUUGACUACAACUGCGUACCCUCUGUGAUAUACACUCACCCUGAGGUGGCCUGGGUUGGUAAAUCGGAAGAACAGCUGAAAGAAGAGGGUGUAGAAUACAAAGUUGGGAAAUUUCCAUUUGCGGCGAACAGCAGAGCGAAGACAAAUGCUGACACGGAUGGAAUGGUGAAGAUCCUUAGUCACAAAUCAACAGACAGGAUGCUGGGUGCUCACAUUUUAGGCUCAGGUGCUGGAGAAAUGGUUAAUGAAGCUGCCCUCGCUAUGGAAUAUGGAGCAUCAUGUGAAGAUGUAGCCAGAGUUUGCCAUGCCCAUCCAACAGUGUCAGAAGCCUUCAGGGAAGCAAACCUAGCAGCAUCUUUCGGCAAAGCUAUCAACUUCUAAAAUGAAAGAGCAGAUCUUUAUAUGUGUAUAGUGCAUCUCUGGACAUGAACUGUGGGCCCUUAUGCAAGCCUGAGUCAGAGGAUUUUAGGACUGAAUUAAGUUUAAUCUCUUCAUUCAAAUAUUUAAACAAGUAGAGUUUGGAACAAGUGGAAUUAUCCAGUCUCUGUAAAUUAAAUACUGAAAAUUACAUGUUUAUUUACAUGAUGAAUGUUACAGAAAACAGCCUGACAGAACUCUUCUCUCUUUCAAAACCAAACAUUGCGCUGCUGCAUGGGAUUAUCAGGUUUGCUGGCCAAAACUCUGGAUGAGUGCCCAGCAUACCUGGUGUUUUCUUAUUUGAAGUAGUGAUAGGCUAAACCAGUUGAAUGCUGGCACUUAAAAUGCCACUGUCACUUUCGCACAAAAAUGUGUUUCCUUCUGAAAGGAUUAACUUUAGUAUUUAACCUACUUCUUAAAACAAGUUUUGGUACUUGUAUGUGACCUAGUAAUGUUAGGAUCUUGGGAGAAGAGGGGCUUGUAUAGAUCAAUUAAAACUAUGUUGACUUUAAAAA